AUGCGGAGUGGCAAAGGUAAUUUUUUUGAUAACCUGUCAUUUGCCAUUCUUACGAAACCACAACAGUCUACAUUGGAAGACGAGGAGAUCCAAAGGGCCAAUAAGAAGGCAAAACCAAGUCGUGAGACUCCCUUUUUCCGGAAUGUUAACUUCAACAGUCGUAGUACCACUUUUGACGAGUACUUCAGCUAUGAUUUGUUUGAAGAAAAUGAGGAUGGCAAAAUCGAUACAUCAUUGCCAAUGACUCCUUCUAGAAGUAGCAAUGGAGAUGAAGAUGAAGACCCCAUUUCUUCGCCACCGAUCUCUUAUUCUCCUCCUUCCUCAGCACAAGACGAUGAUGUCAAAAAAGAGGACUUGUUUACUUCCAACUUCAACAAUAAUGAUAAUAAUAAUAACGGGGUAUCACCCUUUUCUAUGGCCCCAAAGAUGAGAUUUGACUACCGACAAAAGAUUGAUGAACUGUUGAACUUAUCGCUGUCUGCAUCUACUACUACAAACAAUUCAAUUGCCACUGCCCAUGCACGGAAUAGUGGUGCAGGAGUUGAUGUAUGGAAGUGUUUAAACAACACAUGUCUUUUGUCUGGUAAAGCCAGUGAAAUGUUAGGCUCUGGCAACAUAGUUCUUACGGAUUUCUUACUUUAA